AUGCGGCCUAGGAGCGAGAAUGUCUCUCGCGGCGGGGCCGUCCCCCCAAGCAGCAGCAGCAGCAGCAGCAGCAGCGGCAGUAGCAGCAGCAGCAGCAGCAGCGGCAGCAGUAGUAGUACUAGUAGUAGCAGCAGCAGCAGCAGCAGCAGCAGCAGCAGCAGCGCCAUCACUAUAUCAACGCUGUUCCCCCGCAGCAGCAGAUUCUCUUCUUAUAUGCGUAUAGAGCGCUGCAGCAGCUUAGGUCGCAGCAGCGCCCAGCAGCAGCAGCAGCAGCAGCAGCAGCAGCAGCAGCAGCAGCAGGUUGUAUAUGUUCAUGUGGCGCUGCAGCGGCGGGGCUUGCGGGAUGCUGACGUCGAGGAGUUUGGGCGUUGGCUGUCUCAGUGCAUGCAGCAGCAGCACCCCCGCACCAGCAGCAGCAGCAGCAGCAGCAGCAGCAGCAGCAGCAGCAGCAGCAGCAGCAGCAGGUUGCCUGCAUUGGUGGUACUAUCUCUAGACCUUGCGGAGAACAACAUAAGCGGGAGCGGUGCUGCUGGUUUAUUAUAUGUUUUAUCGUGCUGCUGCAGCAACAUAAAAAUAAAUAAAUUAAAACUAUAUAAAAAUAAUAUAGGUGAUGAGGGAGCAGCAGCAGUUGCUGCUUAUAUAACAAAGACAGCAGCAAAAGGAUGCUUGCUGCUGGAGGAGCUGCACCUCUCGCACUGCAGCAUCAGCAGCAGCGGGGCCCUUCUCGUAAUGAAUGCUGUUGCUGCUGCUGCUGCUCCUGCUGCAGCAGACGCCAGUGCUGCUCCUGCUGCUGCUGCUGCUGCUGCUCCUGCUGCUGCUGCUGCUGCUGCUUAUGUUUACCCUCGCCUCGAUGCAAGGAAGAAGGCUCAGCUUUGGUGCGUCAGUGGGCUGCAGACCAGUGCUGCUGCUCCUGCUGCUGCUGCUGCUGCUCCUGCUGCUCCUGCUGCUGCUGCUGCUGCUGCUGCUGCUUAUGUUUACCCUCGCCUCGAUGCAAGGAAGAAGGCUCAGCUUUGGUGCGUCAGUGGGCUGCAGCAGCAAAACAGAAGAGAGGAGCUGCUGCUGCUGUUUGCUUCGCCGACAAGCAGCAGCAGCAGCAGCAGCAGCACUGCACACCAGCUCGCUGCUGGAAGGCCACCACGCAUGCUGCUGUACCUGUCACAGUGCCGCAGCACCCCAGCAGCAAUACCUCUGGGGGACCUGCUGCUGCUGCUGCUGCUGCUGCAGUUCCAGCAGCAGCAGGAGGAGCAGCAGGCCAGCGUUCAGACAGUGCCGCAGCACCCCAGCAGCAAUACUUCUGGGGGAUCUGCUGCUGCUGCUGCUGCUGCUGCAGUUCCAGCAGCAGCAGGAGCAGCAGGCCAGCGUUCAGGUGCAGCAGCAGCAGCAGCAGCACCAGCAGCAGCAGCAGCAGCAGCAGCAGCACCAUCGUCUGCUCAGCGGCUCAAAUGUGCUGCUGGCAACACACGGCGCCAGCAACAGCAGCAGCAGCAGCAGCAGCAGCAGCAGCGGGGCAACAAAGCAAUAGCAGCAGCAGCAGCGGCAGACAGCAGCAAGCAGCAGCUGCUGGUGGUGGCCGCCGCAGUUGUGACGCUGCUGCAGCAACAACAGCAGCAGCAGCAACAACUGCAGCAGCAGCAACAACUGCAGCAGCAACAACAUUAG